AUGACUUUAUUCCGUAAAAUGUGUGCCUAUCAAGGAGAAUAUGACCGUGGAGUAAGUACUUUCUCUCCUGAAGGUCGAAUAUACCAAAUCGAGUAUGCUAUCGAAUUUCAUUUGGAUCCAUCUGGGAACUACAUUGAAUAUAAUGCUGUGUCUAUUGGGGCUGGAUCUGAUGGGGCAAAGGAGUAUUUGAUUGAGAAUUACAACGCUGAGCUUUCUUUGGCUGAUUCUACCACAAUGGCUAUUCGUGUUUUAAAGCAGGUUAUGCAGGAGAGCAUUAGUGAUACCAAUAUUGAGACUUCUGAUAUUUUCGGAUCAUGA